CUUCCAGAUUAUCUGCAAGCCGUAAGGAAUAUAAAUGGCAACCAUGAACGAAAUUAUUUGAUCGAACAGUAUUUUCACCUCGGUCUUAACUACUCCGAGAUUAUAUCCUUUCUUCUCUUACGUCGCGGUGUUCGCUUAAGUCUACGUCAGCUGAAAAGGAUUCUUAGAUCUCGAGGGCUCCGACGAAGAAAGAUUCAGUCUUUAAUUGAUAGGGUGGUAAAUGCAGUAGACCAAGAGUUGCAGAGCAGUGGAAGUUGCAUAGGUUAUCGACAAAUGCACCAGCGUCUACUAAGUGACCACGGGAUUGUGAUUGAUCGAGACACAGUCCGACGAAUAGUGAAGAGCCUAGAUCCUCAUGGCGUUGAGUUACGAUCGAGGAAACGAUUUAGAAGGAGGAGGUACGUGGUACCAGGCCCUAAUUUCAUAUGGCAUAUCGAUGGCUAUGACAAGCUUAAGCCCUACGGGUUUUGCAUUCACGGUGCUAUUGACAGCUACAGUCCUCGCAUAUUGUGGUUGAAGGUAGGCCCCUCAAGCAAUAACCCAAUGGUAACGGUACAAUGUUACCUCGAUUGCGUGCGUCAGUUAGGUGGCUGUUCUCGGGUAGUACGAGGUGAUUGUGGCACUGAAAACAUACAUAUCGCAGCCGUCCAGCGAUUUCUUAGAUGUCACUGUCAGGAUAACUUAGCUGGAAAAAAGAGCUUUUUGUAUGGCAAAUCUGUAGCCAACCAGAAG